GAAAGCACAAAGCCGUUGAGCUGGAAAAUCUGCUCGGAACACACCCGCCCGUAAAACAUUGUGAAGUAGGACUUAGAGAGGCUGGGAGAGCUCGUGUGCACUUCAGUAUACCUUCACAGCUUACAGCUAAAACAAAAUGAGCAAAAUCGCGAAAUUAUUCAAGGGGAGCUCCAGCUCGAGCUCGUCGAGCUCCUCGAAGUCCAAACACCACAGGUCGCGGGGAGGACCAUCACCCCAAGAGGCCAUUCACAAACUCCGGGAAACAGAAGAAAUGCUGACGAAGAAGCAAGACUACCUGGAGAAGAGGAUAGAGCAGGAAAUCAUGAUCGCCAAGAAGAAUGGCACUAAAAACAAGCGAGCUGCCCUGCAGGCCCUGAAGAGGAAGAAGCGCUUGGAGCAGCAGCUCACGCAGAUCGAUGGCACGCUCUCUACCAUCGAGUUUCAGAGGGAAGCUUUGGAGAACUCGCACACCAACACCGAGGUCCUGAAGAACAUGGGCUUUGCUGCCAAGGCCAUGAAGAAGGUCCACGAAAACAUGGACAUUGACAAGAUAGACGAUAUGAUGCAGGAUAUCACAGAGCAACAGGACGUGGCCCGAGAGAUCAGCGAUGCAAUCUCCGGACCUUUUGGCGAGACAUACGACGAGGAUGAGUUGCUGGCAGAGCUGGAAGAGCUGGAACAGGAGGAGCUUGAGGACAGCAUGAAGAGUAUGGGCGGACUACCCAGCGUGCCCAGCUCCAAACUGCCGUCAGCAAAGCCCAGUCACCGCGCAUCAACCAAGAAAAGGGUUGAAGAUGAUGACGACAUGCGUAUGCUGGCAUCAUGGGCAACUUAAGUACAUUAAAGUAGCCUGAAUGUACUUCGCCAGCUCUCUCUUGUGUAAGCUUUAAUAUUUUUGAAGAUUGUUAGGGAAAAUGAAGAACAUUAUAUUAUUUUAAAAAUAAGCUUUCUGUCUAUCGGCUUGUCAUGUCACUUUACAGGUUAUAUUUAUCGAGAAAUAAAACAUUUUGAAGUGUAGAAAUCAACAAACUGUAUUUUCCUGUCUUUACAUUGAUCAUUCUUACUUUGCCUGUACAUAAUGCACUACUUUCAUAGCCCUAAAGACGUGGAUAUGACUGUUUUUAACUUAUAGAAGACAAUGCCUAAUAAGAACUGUAUUGGCUGUAUAUAAAGUCUAAUUUUGCAUGAAUGCUGUAAAUAUAUUGGUUUCUUGCUUGCAUUAACGUUCAAUAAAAAAAUCAGUACCCUA